AUGUUGAAGAAAAAUAUAGACAAUAUUGUAGCAAUGAUGCAGUUUACAUCUGAAGAAGCAUAUGCACGGCUCAUUAGCCAUAACAUGACUGUGCCACAAAGAAUUAAGGCUACAGGUGACAUAGUUGAUGAUGAAAAUACACCCAAUGGGUUAGUAAGUGGAUGGGAUUAUGCAAAUGAAAAAUUUGAUAUGAAAGUACCAGAGAGGAUACUAGUUGUUGGACAAGACCAGCACAUAGGCACUAAGGCGCCUCCCAGGGAAAUCCAGCUAGACAAUGCAGUGCUCCCGACGGACCCUGGCAUGAUCCGCGUGAACACGCCGCCCCGGGUGAUUACCCUGGACCAACACUACUUCCCGUCGGCCGAUGAUUUCCCCGCUGACGCGGCGACGUCCCCGCCGCGACACGUGCGCACGAUACGGUCACAAGGUGAUGGCGCCAGGGCCGUCACCCCACGCUGCGACAACUUCAACGAGUCCACCAUGACGGAGUCUCGGCUAAUCUUGAGAGAUCCUACACCACCAAUGGGAAACGGCGAAGGGCUUUCGGCGGCGGAGGAGCUGGUUCAUUUACGGAGACAAAUCGUCAAAUUAAAUCGACGCGUGAUGUCGAUCGAAGCGGAACAAUUACAACGUCAACAGAAGGAAAAAAUAGCUUAUGCUAUAGGUAUCGCUUACUUAUUGUUCAAAAUGAUCGCUUGGCUCAACCGAUCC